UAUACAGUCACUUGAGAUAAACAAAAAGAAAAUCAAUUUGCUUUCAUACUACCGAAGCAUCUCAAAGCUUGAUCAAAGAAGCUCCAGUUAUGUCUUCUUCCACCACUUUCGUGUUCCUCUUCCUUUUCUCCUUUCUCACUAGCUUCAAAGCUUAUGCUCAAGAUCCCACUUACGUAUACCAUGUCUGUCCAAACACCACAACUUUCACAAGAAACAGCACGUACUUCACCAAUCUCAGAACCCUUUUGUCUUCCCUCUCUUCCCCCAACGCCUCUUACUCCACCUCCCAAAACAACACCGCCGGGCAAUCCCCUGACAGAGUCACCGGUCUUUUCCUCUGCCGAGGAGACGUCACGCCGGCAGUUUGCCGCAGCUGCGUCGCCUUUGCCGUCAACGAAACCUUAGCCCGGUGUCCGAACGAGAGAGAGGUGACGCUCUAUUACGACGAGUGUAUGCUCAGAUACUCCAACGGCAACAUUCUCUCGACCCUUAACACCAACGGAGGCAUCAUCUUGUACAACACUCAGAACGUUACAUCGAACCAAACUGGGUUCAGAAACUUGGUCUUGUCCACGAUCAACCAAGCGGCCACCGUUGCAUCCAGCAGUCCUCGGAGAUUCGCUACCGGAAAGGCUAACUUGACAGCGUUCCAGACUUUGUACGGGCUGGUUCAGUGCACUCCUGAUCUGACGAGUCAGGAAUGUUUGCGUUGUCUAAAUCAGAUCGUCAAUCAAUUGCCUAUGGACAAGAUCGGGGGAAGGCUUAUUGUGCCGAGCUGUAAUUCUAGAUACGAGCUUUACCCGUUUUACAACGAAUCCGCCGUUCCAACGCCACCACCACCUCCUCCGGUUUCUACUCCUCCUGUGCCAGCUCCUCCUCCACCUGGGAAAGGUGGGAACUCAACUGUGUUGGUGGUAGCCAUUGUUGUGCCUAUUAUAGUGGCUGUUCUGCUUUUCAUAGCUGGUUAUUGUUUCCUAACAAAGAGGACAAAGAAGGCUUAUCAUCCAACAUCUGCAUUUGAUGGAGAUGAUAUAACAACGGCAGACUCACUGCAGCUUGAUUACAGAUCAAUCCAAACUGCAACAGCUGAUUUUGCAGAGAGUAAUAAGAUUGGUCAAGGUGGAUUUGGUGAGGUUUACAAGGGUAUAUUAUCUGAUGGGACUGAAGUUGCAGUGAAGAAACUGUCAAAGUCAUCUGGACAAGGUGACGUGGAGUUCAAGAACGAGGUUGUUCUUGUUGCAAAGCUACAACAUAGGAAUCUGGUUAGACUUCUUGGGUUUUGUUUAGAAGGAGAAGAGAGAGUACUAGUCUAUGAAUAUGUGCCCAACAAAAGCCUUGACUACUUCCUCUUUGACCCUGCAAAGCAAGCUCAGCUGGAUUGGUCUCGACGAUACAAGAUUAUAGGCGGUGUCGCUAGAGGGAUUCUAUAUCUUCAUCAAGACUCACGGCUCACAAUCAUACACCGUGACCUCAAAGCAAGUAACAUUCUCUUGGAUGCGGAUAUGAAUCCUAAAAUUGCAGAUUUUGGAAUGGCUAGGAUCUUUGGAUUGGACCAAACACAAGAGAACACAAGCAGAAUAGUUGGCACCUAUGGUUACAUGUCUCCUGAGUAUGCAAUGCAUGGUCAGUACUCAAUGAAAUCUGAUGUCUAUAGCUUCGGAGUGUUAGUUCUUGAGAUUAUAAGCGGCAAGAAAAACAGCAGCUUCUUCCAAACUGAUGGUGCACAUGACCUGGUCUCAUAUGCGUGGAGGCUUUGGAGUAAUGGGACACCACUAGACCUCGUGGAUCCAGUUAUCGUGGAUAAUUGCCAAAGGAAUGAAGUUGUUCGAUGUGUCCAUAUCGGUCUUUUGUGUGUUCAAGAAGAUCCGGUAGACCGUCCGACCUUGUCAACCAUCGUUCUGAUGCUCACCAGUAAUACUGUGACAUUACCUGUGCCUAGGCAACCAGGUCUUUACUUUCCAAGUAGACCGGAAAAAGAAAAAGAUCCGCUUGAUUCGGCCCAAUAUACAACAACCCAAUCUCUCGCAGGGUCUGUUGAUGAUGCCUCGAUCACAGAUGUAUAUCCUCGUUGAAGACAAACAUUGUAUCUUAUUGUGAUAGUUUCUAUUGUUAUUGUAACCUCAAGCAUAUAGUACGAGUUGUAUACUAUUUAUACGUUUUUUUUUUUU